AUGAGACUUCGCGGCGCCUCGCUCUGCACGUCCCUCUUCGCCCUCGCUUGGCUUGCCUGUCUGAUCUGCCCCGUGAAUUCAAUGAAGGUGACCGACGCACCUUCCUGGAGUGACAGCAAGCUCGAUGAUCAAAACAAAGACAACACUUGGACGAAUGUGCAAGAAAUUGGGGCGCCAAAAUCUGACCCCUCUACGCCUGUCUCUUCCUUGGCGUUCCACGACAGGCCCAGAUCUCGCGCCGGAUUUCGCAGGGCACUUGUUGCCAACAAACGCGGGGUGUCAGGACAUCAACUAAGUCCACCCUUCAGCGGCUCGGCCGAGGGAGUGGCCAAAUCGACGUCAGAUUUCCGCAACUAUCCAGCCGAGAAUGAGUUCAUGGGGCGAGACUGGGAAAAGCGCCUUGUCGAUGAGCAGACUGAGGAGCCACCGUCCAAGCGAUCAGGCGAAAAAAGUGUAGACGAGGAGUUCAAAGAGAAAGCAGCAGGUUUUGAUGUCCUUGGCCCUGCUCUCGCGGUACGCAAUGCUACCGGUGACAAGUCUAAGAGCAACGAGGUGAUAAGGAAGAAUUAUCUUUUAGGCCAACUGCUGAAAGAGGAAGUGACAAAGAUUAAUGCGGAAGAGAAAGCCGCAAACGAAGAGCGCAAGACUCGCAGCACCGCAAGUUUGGAGGGUCCUACAACUUCAUCUGACGCAGAAGGCAGCUCGACCUCAUCGGUGACGAGGGGCAGCAGGGACAGAAGGAAGAAGAAGCAGGGCAGCAAGGGCAAAGACAAAUUUAAAUGA